CAGUGAGCAGCCAGUGAAGCAUCCAGCCUGCCGAACAAGCCUGCUUUUAGGGUCAGGAACUGGUCUGACAAGAGAAUGGCAAUCCUGCCGCCUUCAAACUGUCACUAGGACCCGGAGCGGAAGAGGAUGAAUCCACCAGAGGUGCUGGCUCACAGGCGAAACACGGACCGAGAGAAUGUGAAGACAUAUUUCAGGACAUUGUGAGUGCUACUAAAGAUGUCUGAUAGUGUCGAUAUUGAAGAGAAACCACCAGCCCCUCCCUUGAGAAUGAACAGUAGUUCCCGAGACUCUUCAUCAGUGAAUCCUGCCUCUAAACCGCUUCCAAUGGCUCCCGAAGAGAAAAUCAAGAAGGUGCGCCUGCGCUCCAUCUUCCCUGGAGGAGAUAAGACAAACAAGAAGAAGGAGAAGGAGCGUCCCGAGAUAUCCCUCCCCUCCGACUUUGAACACACCAUCCAUGUUGGCUUUGACGCAGUAACAGGAGAAUUCACAGGCAUCCCAGAGCAAUGGGCGCGCCUCCUACAGACCUCCAACAUCACCAAACUGGAGCAGAAGAAGAACCCACAAGCCGUAUUGGACGUCCUCAAGUUCUACGACUCCAAAGAGACCGUCAACAACCAGAAGUACAUGAGCUUCACCUCAGGAGACAAGUCCGCACAUGGUUACAUAGCAGCAAACACUCUGAAUCGACUGCUGUCAUCUGGGCCACCUGUCAGCCUUAGAACCUGCAGCGCAUUAUUUGACAAGGGUGCCAAAACAUCAACUUCAGAACCCCCCAUCGCGCCGCCUGUGUCAGAAGAGGAGGACGAGGAGGAAGAGGAAGAAGAGGAGGAGGAGGAAGAUGAAGACGACGACGACGAUGAACUUCCACCGGUCAUUGCGCCUCGACCUGAGCACACCAAAUCUAUCUACACACGCUCAGUCAUGGACCCACCCAAGCCUCCCACCCCGGUCCAAGAGGUGGUGACGCCACCCGAGUCGCAGGUCCAGCCCGACAACACAUCCAGCACAAUGUAUCGUAACACGGACCGCCAGAGGAAGAAGUCCAAAAUGACAGAUGAGGAGAUCCUGGAGAGACUCAUCUCUGACUCAGGGAGUAUCGUGAGUGUCGGGGAUCCUAAGAAGAAGUACACGCGCUUUGAGAAAAUAGGACAAGGGGCUUCUGGCACUGUGUAUACCGCCAUCGACAUAGCAACAGGCCAAGAGGUGGCCAUCAAGCAGAUGAACCUGCAGCAGCAACCCAAGAAGGAGCUGAUCAUCAAUGAGAUCUUAGUGAUGAGGGAAAACAAAAACUCUAAUAUAGUCAACUACCUGGACAGUUACCUGGUAGGAGAUGAGCUGUGGGUGGUGAUGGAGUAUUUGGCCGGCGGCUCGUUGACAGACGUGGUGACUGAGACCUGCAUGGACGAGGGCCAGAUAGCAGCGGUUUGCAGAGAGUGUCUUCAGGCGCUGGACUUCCUCCACUCCAACCAGGUGAUCCACCGAGACAUAAAAAGUGACAACAUCCUUUUGGGCAUGGAUGGUUCGGUCAAGCUGACCGACUUUGGCUUCUGCGCCCAAAUCACUCCGGAGCAGAACAAGCGCAGCACAAUGGUGGGGACGCCUUACUGGAUGGCACCGGAGGUAGUGACCCGGAAGGCUUACGGCCCAAAAGUGGAUAUCUGGUCUUUGGGAAUUAUGGCUAUAGAAAUGGUGGAGGGCGAACCGCCGUACCUAAAUGAGAAUCCACUCAGGGCCUUGUAUCUGAUCGCUACCAACGGGACACCGGAGCUCCAGAACCCAGAGAGACUGUCCUCAGUCUUCAGAGACUUCCUCAAUCGUUGCCUGGAGAUGGACGUGGACCGCAGAGGUUCUGCCAAGGAGCUGCUUCAGCAUUCCUUCCUCAAGCUGGCCAAGCCGCUGUCCAGCCUGACGCCUCUGAUUGUAGCUGCCAAGGAAGCCAUAAAGAACAGCAGUCGCUAGAGGGCGCCCUCUAUGCUCACCCAAGGCUGCAGCCCUGCUUGUGCGUGCAGGCCGGGUCAUGUGACGGCACAAAGCGGGAGGGGGUCCGAGUGGAGCUCUCUCUUCCCCCUUGCAUUUACGUAGGACGGAUGUCGGCCUUGCAGCCUCUCGGCCCCGUGCUGCUACUAAAAAGGACACGUUUUUCUUUGCGCUCAUGUACAUGUAGAGCAAUCCAUCACUAGUGUGUGUGUGUGUGUGUGUGUGUGUGUGUGUGUGUGUGUGUGUGUGUAGGUUCUGUAUGGGGGGAAAACAGUCGCUUCAAAACCAAAAAAAGAGGACAAAAACGCCCUCAAAAAAGAGCUUUUGGUCGAGUUUUCUCAUGUGCGGUGCUAGAACAGGCCACGCCCACACCUGCAGUCACUGUGCUCAGUAUGAGUGAGUGCGUAUUCGUGUGUGUGUGUGUGUGUGUGUGUGUGUGUGUGUGUGUGUGUGUGUGUGUGUGUGUGUGUGUGUGUGUGUGUGUGUGUGUGUGUGUAGGUGCAGUUACAGGGGAGAAAGCAAGGUUCAUUUAACACUCUUAAAACCUUAAAGGGGCUGUUUGCAAUUUCCUCACAGUAACAUUUUUCAAAGCAAAAAAUAUAAGAACACCAUUGGGUAGCUUGUUGCCAUUAGUGGGUUAACAGAAGUCAUUUGUUUGACAAUUGUCUAUAUUUUUCACAAUUACACAGUUUAUGAAAUAAAAACAUUUGGUUUGAUCGGUGUUUACGACGGUCACUCGCCCGGUCUUGUCAACACGUACGCGCAGGAAGCGCAUACACACGUACAAGACCAGUCCGAGAGAAGCAACGAACAAUUUGCAGUCACGUUGUUUUAUAUGAUGGAAUAUAAAGCUAAUGCCAGCUAUCCAAAUUGCUAUUGUUAGCUAGCAACACCUAAAGCUAAUGUGCGUGCGUCUGUUGCGUACGUUCGUAAUGACGUCAUUACGUAGAAGUGGUAAGAGGGUGGGAUAUGCUGUGUCAAAUACAUUGGAAAGUUGGCGCCCUCUAUGCAUCUGUGUAAAUGUUGCAAACAGCCCAUUUAAGAUAGACGAUACACUCUUAGGAUCCAAAAGAGAUCCGCUCAUAAAAGUGUCAUUCGUCAGUUAGCAAUAAAAUGUACUCCCCCCCCCACCCCACCCCACCUUUAACACUUGAAAUCUUUCAACAUUUCUACAACUAUCUAUUGAUAUAGUUUUUUUUUUGUCAUAAAUAACGGAAAAAUGCAAAUAAUGCAACAUUUUAGGUGUGUAAUGAUUCGUUUUAACGAUUCAAUUCGAUAUUUUGCUUGCCGAUACGAUUCAGGGAUGAUUUUUUUAUUUAUUUUGUUUUAUAGAGAUAUGAUACGAAAUGAUUCAGUGAGUUGAAAUCGGUUCAGUAACUUUUUAGCAAAACAAAUCAGAUAUCAUAGUCAGGAUACAGGACACUGCAGGUGAAGUUUCUUAUAUUCCUGCUAUUUAUUGUAGAUAAUUAUGUAUAAAUGAAUUAUGGAUACAAACAAGCAAAACUUGCUGAGCACAGAGCGAUAUACUUGAAAUUUAAGAAUAUCAAUCGAUGUAUCGAUCAAUCGUUACACCACUACAAUAUUUCUUAAAAUAGGUUGGAGGGAAAUAUUUGAGGUCGGGUAAUUCAAGUGUCGAAUAGGUAAAUCAUUUAUGAAAAUUGAUUUUGAUACAGUAGACAGAAAAACUGUGCCUCCUGAGCUAGAAUGAGAGAGAAAGCAGGCAGGACUUGGUUGAGUUUAUUGAGUUCACACAAGUCUUUUAUACAUCUGUCAUGUUAUAUAUAUAUAACUGCCCGAGAUCAUUUUUAUUGCAUUUUAGCGGUUUAAUGAUAGUUUAACUCAUUUACGCUCAUCAAAGCUCUGAGAAUUAUGCCCAGUUGAAGUCAUCAAAGCUGAAAGAAUUAUGCUCACGGUUUCCUGGCGCUAUCUGGAGGUUAUUUAUACCAAAACAGAAUGUUCUUGUUUUUCAAAAUUGGCGAACAUUUAAUUCAUUCGGUUUUCAUAGAAAAAACAUAAUAAUAUACCAGGAUUACAGUUAGCUAAAAAACAGUUAUAAUGGAAGUCAAUGUUGCCGAAAGAGUUCCUAAGAGAAAGUGCGCUUACUUUGUUUAUAUAGCUAACAAGGUUGCAAUCAAAAACAAAAUGCAAUUUCUUAUUGGAAAAAAAAUGGGGAAAAACCUUCUAGUGAAACGUAAACACAAAAAAUGUAGCAUGUAAUACCUGUUUUGGGGCCUAGUGGUGCACAAGGGAUAACUAAACUGGGUUUGAGUCUUUUAAUUGGUCCGGCUGCAUUCUGAUUUUAUUUCAUUUGAUCACAUUUCCAACAAUACGGAUAAGAAUAUUUAAUCUUAAGACAAAUAAAUCCGUCUCUACAUUGUCAGCUGUAUACAUUAUUUGAAAAUAGUGCAUGCAUUUGAGCAGCAUGCUUUUUUAAAUAAGACUAUUCCUUGUUAAAGGGGAACUGCACUUUUUGGGGGGAAUUUUGCCUGUUGUUCACAAUCCUUAUGAAAGACAUGACGACGGAUGUAUUUUUUUUUUAUAUGCAUUCUAAAUAUUAAACGUAAAUAAUAGUCAGCUUACAGCGGAGCCAAUGGGAAUAAAUGAUAAUAAAUAAAUGGGUUAUACUUGUAAAGCGCUUUUCUACCUUCAAGGUACUCAAAGCGCUUUGACAGUAUUUCCACAUUUACCCAUUCGCACACACAUUCGCACACUGAUGAAGGGAGCUGCCAUGCAAGGCGCUAACCAGCAGCCAUCAGAGGCAAAGGGUGAAGUGUCUUGCCCAAGGACACAACGGACGUGACUAGGAAGGUAGAAGGUGGGAAUUGAACCCCAGUAACCGGCAACACUCCGAUUGCUGGCACAGCCACUCUACCAACUUCGCCACGCCGUCACUAUUCUGCCCAAAAAAUCCAAUGAUGCAUUCAAAAAGCGCCAACAAUACUCUAUUUACAUUUGCUGACUUGAAUAUUAACCAAGUAUAAGUGAUAUUGUUAUUAUGAGCGCUAACGCAGACAAACUAUUUAGAGCGUCGCCGUGAUCAUUACCGUGUGUCCCUAUGUUUACAUCAUCUGCUGUUUCCUUGCUUCCCUGCGCUUUGUAAGUUCCGACAAGUUGGGACACUUUGACAGCCGUUUCCGACCUGGAAAUGGCGAGAACGACACGAAAAGCACUUGUCUCACCACCCCCCUGGUGGAGUCUGGAAAUGUGUGUGUUCUCUUACUGACUUGUGGGGGUCGCUUUUCCCCAUGUAACUACAAUAGUGUGUGCGUUCUUGUCUUCCAACGCACUUCCAAAACAUCCUUUCAUCCAAUGACACUGUGCAUAUAUGUGUGUGUGUUGUGUGUGUGUGUGUGUGUGUGUGUGUGUGUGUGUGUGUGUGUGUGUGUGUGUGUGUGUGUGUGUGUGUGUGUGUGUGUGUGUGUGUGUGUGUGUGUGUGUGUGUGUGUGUGUGUGUGUGUGUGUGUGGGCUACCUCAGGCCAGGCCUCCACCCUGACAGGAGGUGCAGGGUAGCUGCUCACCCCCAUGUUUGUACAGCAGAGGUCCACCAGAUGAAGGAGUGAUGCAACACAAGUCAUGCAUGUUAAACAACCAAUAGUGUAUCUCAUCAUUCACAUAGGUUAAGAUUGUUAGAAUAUGUAUGUAUGUAAAUAUAACAGGGGGUGACAAGCCCCGCCCCCGCCUCUCUCCACCAAUCCCCACUUUUUUUUUUCUUUUUUUUUUGGCAAAUUUAUGUAAGAAUCUUCAGGCUGCGUUAUGAUAAAUGUUGUUGCAUCCUGCAAAUGGCAGAAAAGAACACACACUUCUGUCUUGGGACACCAGAGUAUUUGUGUGCCUGUGAGGACCUUUCGCUGAGAGUACUCAUGUCCAGUACAUGUGCGGACUGUGAGCACAAAACCAAGGUGAAGAUGGGGAAGACUCUGACCGCCACCAUUUUGUGUGGUCGCUCCUUUACAUUCCUAUCUUCUCAAUCUGUCAAUCUGUACACGUGCUGUGACAAUUCCUCUAAUGUGUAUCAAGAGAAUGGAACAAAGACAAAAAAAUGUUACUUUUUAAAUUAUUAUUCUUCUUACUCUUAUUAUUGUCUAGCUUUGUAAAAAAAAAAACUUAAAAAAACUGCUGAUCCAUCCGGCGCACCUCAGCAGGCUGACCCCCCCACUCCCCCCACCCGCCUCCUCGCCUUUGGAAAAGGACAAAACGAGCGAUGGGAGACAUGAGGUUUUGCAUAAAGUAUUUUUGUGGUUGAAGCAAUAGACUUUUUGAACUUUGAAUUGUGCAUGGCUGUGUCUUGAGUGUAAACAAAACAAAAAAAAAAGAAAACAUCACAGUUUGGGAACUGGACUGAAAUAAAAGGAGGAAACAAG